AAUGAGCGACUUUUAUACUACGUUUAAGGACCUUCGAGAACACGAGUAUAAGUUUUUUAUUUAUUUUCGAAUGUCCAUAAAAUCUUUUGAUGAAUUACACGACCGGCUAAAAAAAACAUUGCAGCGUCAGAAUACUUUCAUGAGAGACUGCAUCGAACCUUUACAAAUGUUAGCUGUAACCCUGAGGUAUCUAGCAAGUGGGUGUACUUUCACAGAUUUACAUCUCAGUUAUAGACUUGGCAUUUCAACCAUCAGCAACAUCGUUAAAAAAGUAUGUAUUAGUAUCUGGGAAGUAAUGUUACGGGAAUGUAUACCUCUUCCUACUAAAGAAAAAUGGGAAUUGAUUGCUGAAGAAUUUGAGAAACGAGCUAAUUUUCCACACUGUUUAGGGGCAGUCGAUGGAGAGCAUAUCAGAAUUAUUAAUCCUUUGGGUUCAAUGUAUCAUAAUUACAAAGGUUAUUCUUCUGUAGUUUUAAUGGCUGUAGCUGAUGAUAAUUAUCGCUUUAUAUACGUCGACAUUGGGAGUUACGGAAAAGAUUGUGACUCAUCUGUAUUUAAAAGGUCAUCAUUGUGGACAUCAGUUAUAAACGGUAAUCUAGAAAUACCAACUGAAACUAAUGUUACCGGAAUAGAAAAUCACAUGUUACAAUAUUAUUUCCUUGGAGACGAAGCAUUUGCGCUCCAUAAACAUUUACUUCGUCCUUUUGGUGGAUCGCAACUUUCAGAAAAAAAAAGGAUAUUUAAUUAUCGCCUAAGUAGGGUUCGAAGAUUUGUGGAAUGCACAUUCGGCAUUUUGAGCAACAAAUGGAGAAUAUUUCACAGACCAAUAAACUUAGAACCCGACUUUGCAGUGACAAUUGUCAAAGCUUGUGUCAUUCUACAUAAUUUUGUUCGAGACAGAAACGGAUACCAAGUGGAAGACACCGAAGUAAUAAUAGGUCUGGAAGAAGUACAGAGAGAACAUGAGACACGAGGAGGAUUACCAGCUAAUAACAUCCGAAAUGUUCUAAGUGAUUAUUUUGCAUCAAAUGCAGGGGCUUUAGAGUGGCAAAUGUUAAAAAUAUAG